AUGGACAUCAAGGAGUAUUUCAAAAGAAUUUCUUACCAGGGCUCCUAUGAUAAGCCAGACCUGGUUACCUUGAUGGAUAUAUUUCAGCACCACAUCCGAGCGGUCCCUUUCGAAAACCUCAGCAUCCAUUGUGGGGAAAGCAUUGAGCUGGACCUGGAAGCGACUUACAACAAGAUAGUGAGGAAGAAUCGUGGGGGCUGGUGCAUGGAAAACAACCACAUUUUAUCUUGGGUCCUGAAAACCCUCGGCUAUGACAUCACCCUUCUGGGAGCAAGAGUUUAUUUCCCAGAGAUCAGCGCGUAUGCAGACGAAAUGGAUCAUCUGCUGCUAAAAGUGGUGCUUGACGGCAAAUCCUACAUUGUGGAUGGUGGAUUUGGGAUGACCUACCAGAUGUGGCAGCCAAUGGAGCUGAUUUCAGGAAAAGACCAGCCACAGACCCCUGGGGUCUUUCGCUUCUUGGAGGAGAGCGGGGUCUGGUACUUUGAGAAGGUUAAAAGGAAGCAGCUGGUUCCCAACCAGAGCAUCUCCACUUCUCAUAACGUGGAAGAAGAGGUUUGCCGUCCGAUUUAUCUCUUUACCCUUCAGCCACGAGACAUUGAAGAGUUCAGAACCUGCAACACCGACCUGCAGACUGCGCCGGACUCGAUCUGUGUGACAAAGUCUAUCUGCAGCCUGCAGACCGCUGAUGGCAUCCGGGCUCUCGUGGGGUGGAAACUCACCGAGAUAAAGUUCAACUAUAAGGAUAAUAUGGAUCUGGUAGAAAUCAGAAUGCUUGCAGAUGAAGAAAUGGAGAAAACACUGAAAGAGAAAUUCAAUGUAACACUAGACAAGAAAUUUGUACCCAUCAAUACAAGCAGGUUUUCUUUGUUUUAA